AUGUAUUAUUAUUUAUUACUUUGGUUUGCAGGCUUGGAAAGUGAAAGGAGUAUUAUCAUGUCGCACACAAUCACGAUGAGAACCGCUACGGUGACCACGACAACCUCGAGUAUUAUUAUCAACACCGGGUAUUUAAAGACUUAUCGAGGGGUUUUGAAGCUCUUGGAAUUGCUAAUCGGAGCAGUAUGUGUGGGAAUAAUGGGACAUCAUAUGGAUCGAUACUAUCCUUAUACAGUUCCUAAUCAAUUCUUCUUACUGAUGGUCACAACAUUUAUGAUAGCGACGUUUCUAUUAUUAUUGAGCUGCUUAAUUUCCAUUCCCACUGAAUCUAUUAUCUCGAAAACUAUUUAUGAAGUUAUCUAUCAUGCAGUCGCAUUUGCAUUACUUCUUGCCGCCUCUUUAAAUCUCAUGGUGAGAGUGACUGACCGUUAUAGCCGACAGUCAGAAUAUGAGUUAUUGUUAGGCGCUUCUAUUUGUGGACUUGUAAACUGUUGCUUGUAUUUCUUCAGCACCAUUAUUGCUCUCAGGAUGUACAGAGGGCUCUAA